UCUGAGCUGCAACCGAGACUAAUUCGUUGUGAAAAAUAACUUUCUGAAAAAAGUGUUUACAGGAAACAACUAAAAUGGAUAAGCCGUGUAGGAGUCAAGAUGAUUUUCCUGGAGAAGAUCCGGAUGAAGAAGUAAUGAAGCUUUUACCAUUGGAUCAAUUGACAAUAAAGUCCGAUGAUGGCGAAAAAAGUAAACUUGAAUCGGAGGUGGAAGAAAAGAAUGGCAAUGAAAGUGAUCUACCUUCCGUAGAAGAAAUAAUCACUGAGUGUGAGAAAACUCUGCAGAGAUUCUUAAAAAGUCAACAUCUCGAACGACAAAUUGCGGCGUACCAAGGUCAUCCCAUACUUGAUUCUCCAAUCGAUGAGAGUUCAAACAUAUUUAUCGAUUUUAACAAAGACCUAAUGGAGUAUCAUGAAGAGACGUACUAUAUGACGAAAAAGGAGAAAAUAAUUAAGGGCUCAUUUCUCUUUUUGUCAAAUUUAAGUGAAGGUUGGAGCUACGACCAGAUGAAGAGUUUCCUCGUAAAGGAAUUUGGAAUAAAAUGUCUAAAUACUAUGCCAGAAAGGCUUGCAUCGGAGGACGAAUAUAAAGCUGUCGUUAAAUUUAUAUCUAGCCAGCAACUAAACCAAGUAGUAAUGAGCUUAAAAGACAAAAACGUUUACGAUAAAUUUUUGUUUUUCUCAUUCGAUAAUAUACCGAUAACCUAUUACGAUUCGGAUUCAAAUUUGGACACGGAUUCCGAUUCGGAUGGACUGGACUCGAGGCCUCAACACUCGAAGACGGAUUUUAAGGAGGCCUAA